CGAACCGAUUGAUAAAAUUCUUUUCUUGCAAUAUAAGUCGGCUCAGAUCAGAUUAGCCGUUCCCACAUCUGAAUAAAUCCCUCCGUUGUUUGAAAAAGUUUUCCCUUCUCAUGGAAACAAACAAAUCUGCGAUUCGAUCAAUCGAUUUUUCGUUAAGAAGCAUUUUAUGAGCUAGUUGAAAUGCUGUAAAACUGGGAAAUGAGUUUGUAAUGUGAACAAUGUCGGCAUGAAGACGACUUAUAAACGGCACUAGUGAGUAACGACCAGUGCAGUUGCACACACAAAUUGCCUUUAAUCAUUUCAAAGUAAGCGACGACGACGUAUUCGUGUAACGUUAUGCCAUAUACCAACCGCAACACUUUCGUUGGGAAUUAAAACGAUUAAACCGAAAUUUAUUGCAGUGCAGAAAUGCAGCGUCAUACGGGGCAACCCUUGAACCCGCUGCAUAUUUAAAGCAAAUUUUACUAAAUGAGGAAACUCACUUAUUGCACAACAUGCAUUACAAACUUGUAAUUGCCGGCCUUUGUGAUAACAGAAACGACCAAAGUCGUUUUGCUCGUUGCUUAGUAGUACUUGAAACUAUGUCUAUUUCGCUACUUUUCUAUGUUUUUGUGUGUUUUUUAUUAAUUUUGUUGUGGCAAAAAAAGCGACUUUUGUACUAUAGCUGGAAUAUUGAUGGCCCUCUUUCUAUCCCACUGUUCGGGAACCCGUUUGUAAUCUUUGGAGGAAAGUAUUGUCACAAUUAUGCAUAAAUUUAUUAUCUUUAACACCCAUAGAUGUCCUAAAUAAUAUGUCACUCUAUUCUCGAAAAUAUAAACCAAUUUGUAAAUUUUGGGUUUUGGGGCAAUUAAUUUUUUGGGUUUCGCACCCAAAAUACGUCGAAAUAAUUCUAAAUAAAUGUCUGGAGAAGGAAAGGAGUUACAAAUAUUUAGAAGUUGUUCUUGGACGCGGCUUAUUCACAAUUCCAGCCAAUAAAUGGAAAAAGCGCCGCCAAGUGAUUGAAUCAAUCCUCGAUGAUGACUUAAUUGACAGCUUUGCUCAAAUUUUUAAAGACUAUUCGGAUAUUUUAUUAAAAAAAUUGGGCAAGUUUGAGGGACAAUAUGUCGACGUAAUGCCUAUUAUGACCCAAUUUAGUUUGGAUAUUAUGUUCAGUACUAUUUUGGGAACAAAAGUAAAUGCCCUUGACGAAGAUACCAAAAUUGUUAUAGGAGUCAAAGACCUCAUUGAGUCAAUUAUCAAACGUUUAUCUAACAUUAUGUUACGACCAAACUUAUUUUGGAAAUUAUUGUACUUGUCUCAAAAAUCCGAAGAACUGGACAGAAGGAUAGACCACUAUUUUAGAACGGCGCUCAAAAGUAGGAGAUGCAAAAGUACCACAGGCGGUAAAGUUUUUUUGGAUUUUUUGUUGAACCAAACGGAUGAAAAUUGGACUGAUGAUGAGCUUUUGGCCGAAACACGUACCUUAAUAAUCGCCGGAACGGAUGCUAUAGCCACAGCUACGUCUUUUUGUCUAGUGAUGCUAGCAAUGCAUCCUGAAAUUCAAGAUCGGCUUUACAACGAGACCGGUACCGCUUAUCUCGAAUGCGUUAUUAAAGAGACACUGCGACUUUUCCCUACCUAUAGUUUUAUAGGGCGAGAACUGGACGAAGACGUGGUUUUGGGAAGGUACACUUUACCAAAGGGCAGUUCGGUCGUAGUACCGCUACUUGACGUGCAAAGAAGUCAAAAAUACUGGCCCCAGGCACUAGAAUUCAAGCCUGAUAGAUUUCUCCCCCCGAAAAGGGGUUAUUUCCCUUUUAGUGUUGGCCCCCGGAAUUGCCUCGGUCGGGAAUUCGCACUGAAGGCUAUGAAAAUACUGCUAUCGAAUCUCCUCCGCACUUUUCAAAUCACCGAAACACCCUUUAAAUCAAUUUCUGAUAUCAAGGUAUCGACAAAUGUGGUUACAAGAAGCUUCCAAGGCUGUAUGAUCAAACUACAACCUCGUUAAUCUAAGUCUCAUUCAUUUGCAACUUUGUAAAGUGCAUUAAAAUUCUACAAGUAG